UAGAUGGCGCCGUCAUCGCGAUAAUUUUCUCAAUUGUAUUUUCACAUGUUGACGAGAUGCUGUAGAACAUAACCUAACUUAGACUAUGAUGACCAGAGUCUUAUGAAUCUCAAGCCUAACCUAAAAACAACUUAUGUAAUUAAAACUCUGAAAAGAUGCCUGCCCCAUGCGAAGAUAUUGUCGGAGACAUAGAGGAUCUAAUAUCCUCGCAGGACAUUACACCAAAAGACCGUUAUAGCUCGAGAAAGACAAUAACAGUCCGUUCAAAAAAAAAACAAUCCGUUGAAGAACUACCACAACCUCUAAUAUUGAACAGUGUUGUACCAGGAACACAGACAAUCUACAUAAAAACUUGGGGAUGCACUCACAAUAGCUCUGACAGCGAGUACAUAGCUGGUCAACUAUCUGCUUAUGGUUACAAGUUAACAGAGAACAAAAAUAUAGCUGACUUAUGGCUGCUAAACUCGUGUACUGUAAAAUCUCCUGCGGAGGAUCACUUCAGGAACGAGAUAGAAGCAGGCAGAAAACUUGGGAAGCACGUUGUUGUAGCCGGAUGCGUGCCACAGGGAGCCCCGAAAUCGUCCUUCCUUCAAGGUUUGAGCAUGAUCGGUGUACAGCAGAUCGACAGAGUAGUAGAAGUUGUUGAAGAAACUUUAAAAGGCAACACAGUUCGGUUUCUGCAACAGAAGAAGGAGUCUGGCAAAAAGAAGGGUGGUGCCUCACUAAGUUUGCCUAAAGUGCGCAGGAAUCCAUUGAUAGAAAUCAUAGCAAUCAACACGGGAUGCCUAAAUCAGUGCACUUAUUGCAAAACAAAGCAUGCAAGAGGUGAACUGGGAAGUUAUCCACCAGAGGAAAUUGUUGAGAGAGCGAAACAAGCUUUUGAAGAAGGGGUCUGCGAGCUGUGGUUGACUUCUGAGGACACAGGGACCUACGGUAGAGACAUUGGCACCAGCUUGCCAGAAUUAUUAUGGAAACUUGUCGAAGUUGUACCUGAUGGGUGCAUGAUUCGCGUCGGAAUGACAAAUCCACCAUAUAUAAUGGAACAUUUAGAGGAAAUGAGCAAAAUUCUGAGUCAUCCAAAGGUGUACAGUUUUUUGCAUAUCCCGGUGCAAUCUGGCAGCGAUCAAGUGUUGUCCGAUAUGAAAAGAGAGUACACAAAGGAUGACUUUGAGCAUGUCGUCAAUUUUCUUAGGAAACGUGUUCCAGGUUUAACAAUUGCUACUGAUAUCAUUUGUGGUUUUCCCACAGAGACAGAGGAAGAUUUUGAGGAAACAAUGAAGCUCUGUGAACAGUAUAAAUUCCCAAGUUUAUUUAUCAACCAGUUUUUCCCCAGACCUGGCACUCCAGCUGCCAGGAUGCCAAACGUUCCAACACAGCAAGUGAAAAAGAGAACGAAAAGGCUGUCCGAAUUUUUCCAGUCGUAUUCUCCUUAUGACAAUAGGGUAGGACUGGUCCAAGACAUCCUGGUUACCGAGCUAUCACACGAUAAGAAGCACUAUGUUGGACAUAAUAAAUUUUACGAACAGAUUUUGGUGCCUUUGAGGGAGGAAUUUUUUGGAAAAAUGGUCAAAGUGAAAAUUGUAGAAACGACAAAGUAUUCUAUGAAAGGGGAGCCUAUAAGUGAAGGGAAAUCUCCAUCCUUGAGACAAUUUUCACCUUUGAAAACUGUUUCUGAAGUCCCUUUGGAGAUGAAACCAUCAAGACUUAGGAUCAUUGCAGUGCUAGUGAUUUUUCUCGCUGUGAUCUUGAGGAUUUUAUGGAAGUUUAUGAUGGUUUGAUUAAUGUAACACAAGUUGCAAAUAAAUACAACAUUUUUCUAUUCAGAAAAAAUUA